AUGGCGGUUAAAGAGUUCCACUCAGAUCAAGAAGCAGGAAAUGAAGAAAGCACCCUACUGCAGCUAGAUCCAUACGAAGAGGAAGAAGAGACUCUCUCUUUUAGCUCCAUUAAUUUAGCUAAACGGGAUCGUGAUUUCUCAAAAGAAGAUGAAAAAAGCUUUGGUGAUGACGAUGAUAAUCUGUUCGAGUUCUUUAGUGAAGAAUUCACCACUUCAAGUAAGAGUGCAGUUGCAGAGAACAUAAUCUUCUGCGGCAAACUCAUUCCCUUCAAGGAUAUUCCACCACGUGUUGAUGAAAGCCACAGCACUGCACGCCGGAACGUGCAAAAGGUAUUACAAAACGCGGUUCAAAGAGUUUUGCAUGUGACUACACGUCGACGGGGAAGGUGUCGCGGUUCAAAGGGUUGA